AUGGUUAAUACAGAUCUGAUCGAUAGCCUCGGAAUUAUAGGUAACAUCAUAUCUUUUGGUUUGUUUAUUUCGCCAGCACCUACGUUUUAUCAAAUUAUCAAAAAAGGAACAGUAGAGGACUUUUCUCCAAAUCCUUAUUUAGCUGGAGUUCUGAAUUGUCUACUAUGGGUUCUCUAUGGUUUACCUUUUGUUCAUCCACAUGGUGCUCUUAUCGUUGCAAUUAACGGUAUCGGUCUUAUGAUUGAACUCACCUACGUUUGCAUAUUCAUAAAAUAUGCAACCGAGAAAGGAAGGCGUUAUGUGAUGACAAUGUUGGCUGGUGUAGCUGUUUUCAACAUUACAGCAGUGCUGUUCACUCUGCUGGUGGAGAACAGAUUCACGACAAUCGGAAUUUUGUGCGCCGCAGUCAACAUGAUGAUGUAUGUUAUGCCACUCGACAAUCUGCCUCAGGUUUAUGAAACAAAGAGCAGCCAGUAUAUGCCGAAAUACCUUCUGCUUUUCAAUGCUCUAAACGGUGGGUGUCAGUUAGUUUUAGCACUUCUCCGUUUGGAUAUCUUUUUAGUGGUAACUAGUGGGUUCGGAUUUCUUCUUGGUUUAAUCCAAAUCGGAGUAUGGUGGUGGUACAACAACACACAGCCAAUGGAGGAGGUAGACGAUGGAGAUUGGGUUGAUGUCUCUCAUUCCAUUCUCAAAGACUCGGUUAAGAAAACUAAUUCCAUGGUGAAAAACGAAUGA